UUCCUAUGCAGCGACCGCAGCGCCUGCCCUGAUCCUGACCCUCUGUCUCCAGACUCAACCCAGCGCAGCCCCCCAGCCUCGUACAGAUGUCGGAAGCGGGAGCCUGUGCUUGAGUAAGAAACAACCUCACUGGAGACAUUGAAGCAAAAGUUGGACAACUUUUCCAGAACAGAAAGGAAACUCAUGCAUCAGAAAAGGUGACUAAUAAAGGUACCAAAAGAAUAUGGCUGCACAAAUACCAGAAUCUGAUCAGAUAAAACAGUUUAAGGAAUUUCUUGGGACCUACAAUAAACUUACAGAAACCUGCUUUUUGGACUGUGUUAAAGACUUCACAACAAGAGAAGUAAAACCUGAAGAGACCACCUGUUCAGAACAUUGCUUACAGAAAUAUUUAAAAAUGACACAGAGAAUAUCCAUGAGAUUUCAGGAAUAUCAUAUUCAGCAGAAUGAGGCUCUGGCAGCCAAAGCAGGACUCCUUGGCCAGCCACGAUAGAGAAGUCCUGAUGGAUGGACUUUUGAUGAAAGAUUACCAAGAGCUGCUGUACUGGAAAUGAGGAGUCACCUGACAGAACCCCCUGAAAGCAGCAGCCACCAUGUUAAACCAUCUGUCAUGACUGUUUGGCAAAUGGAAGCCACUGGAGAAACAAAAUUGCUACUUACCAGGAAUAAUCAAAAUAGAAGGUUUUAUUCAAUGAAAAUAAUAAGAUGCAACAUUUAUUGAGGCCUUAAGAUUCAGCAGCUUGGUCACUUGAUUAGAAAAAUAAACCAUUGUUUCUUCAAUUUUGACUGUUAAUUUUAAAGCAAAAUAUGUGUCCAAUCAUGUAUGAGAUAGAAAAAAAUUUUUAUUACUAAAAGUAAAAUAAAUGGAAAUAUCACUGAAAAAAAAAA